AUGGCAGAGAUUAAACCGUUGAUUGGUCUUAAAUGGGAACCAAAGCUUCCUGGCUUAUCUUUAAAUGGCUCCAGUUCAAGCAAAGGAGGUCAGAGUCACGAAAUGGGCUUGCUCUGGACGCCUAAGUCAGACCUUGUCGAUGGUCUUUGUCUUCCACCUACUGAUCCAAGGAAGAUUAACAAGAUGAUUAGAAAGCAACUCAAAGACACCGCCGGAUCAAACUGGUUUGAUAUGCCCGCACCAACAAUGACUCCCGAGUUGAAAAGGGAUCUUCAGUUGCUUAAGUUGAGACCUGUAAUGGAUCGUUCCCAACACUACAAGAAAUCUGUGUCCCGGUCUAAAUUAGGUGAAAAAUACUUCCAGAUUGGCACAGUAAUUGAACCAGCUGAAGAGUACUAUAAUAGAUUGACAAAGAAGAAUAGAAAAACAAGUCUUGCUGAUGAGUUGGUCUCAGAUCCCAAAAUUUCUCAGUACAGGAAGCGUAAAGUCAGGGAGAUUGAAGAGAAGAACAGAGCUGUUCAGAAUAAAAAAUGGAAGAGAAAGGGAAAAGAUUCCAAGAACACAAGACAAAGAAGGAACUGA